AUGACCGAGGGAUUGGUGUUGUUCAAGGAUGUGUCUGUAGACUUUUCUCAGGAGUGGGAAUGCCUGGAUUCUGAUCAGAGGGAUUUGUACAGAAAUGUGAUUUUGGAAAACUACAACAACCUGGUCUCAGUUGAUGUGGUAUCCUUAUUGGAGCAAGGGGAAGAGCCCUGGAUGGUUGGCAGAGAGGUGGCAGGGGACUUGCUUCCAGGGAAGUGA